AUGUCAUUCCAGCUCCAUAAACUCUCCUUUGCACUUGUGAAUUCUAUAAUGAUCCUUCUUCCAGCUUGGAAAGCAUGCCUCGUUGAGCUAAGCUGUGCUGUGAGGAUCAUGCCUCGCAAUGUUCAGACAUGUUGGAAUUUGACCUAUGAUAUGCUUCAGUUUUCUUUGAAAUACAAGGAUGCAAUAAAGAUGGUUACCACAGAUUUAGCCAACAGCCUAUGGAAAUAUGAACUGAACAACAAUGAGUGGUUGAUUGUGAAGGAGUUGGUGAUCCUUAAGGAUGGGACCGAGUUUUUCUCACAAGGAUCUCCCAACCUGGCCAACUUGAUCCCUGCUAUGGACCACAUUGACAAGGAUUUCACCAUGAAAACCCAAGCCAACAGCAAAACCCACCCAGCUAUUCAACACACCCUCACACUCGCCAAGAAGACUCUUAACUGGUACUACUCAUUGACAGAUGAGUCUGAGGUCUAUCAAAUUGUGAUGGCCAUCUCAGUUCUUCAUCCUCAACACAAGCUCGAAUACUUCAAGUGA